UUUCCACCCCGUGUGGUAUAUAUUACAUUACCAUCGCGCGCACUCCGUAUAGACUUUUCGGUUAGACGUUUCUAAUAAACAUGAAGUAUUUAAUAAUUUCAAUAUAUAUCGUGAUGUUUUAUUGUAAGGUUUUAUUUUCCUAGUAAUUAUCAUUACACAUCAAAGUAAUGUUAAUUACAAAAACAAUAGUAUUAUUGAUUUAUACGUGUUUUCGCGCGGUCUUGUAGAUAUAUUUUUUUCUCCACUGUUUGAGAACCAAUUGCGGAACGACGCGCACUUUGAGUACUGACGACAACAACAACAAUACUACUUGCCGUUAUCACUCACAUCCCGCGUGAUUCACCUAAAACAGUGAUAACGUGACCGUGAUCAUCAUUUGCCGCUGUUGGCUGUUACCAACGGGGUGACUUCUUGAAGUAGAACAGUAAUUGGGCAGCGUCGUUGACGACGGUUUUUUUUUUAUUUCAAUUUCAUCCGCCAUGUCCACUAAAAGUUACAUUUUAGACAACGGUGCGUACACGGCCAAGGUCGGUCACACGGACGACGAUGCACCCAAGGUCAUACCCAAUUACAUUAUGAAAGCUAAAAGCGAACGGCGGAGGACAUUUAUCGGAGAUCAACUUUCUGAGUGCCGAGACAAAUCUGGAUUGUAUUUUAUGUUGGGUUUUCAAAAGGGUUACUUAUUAAACUGGGAUAUUCAGAAAACAGUGUGGGAUUAUAUAUUUAGUAAAGAUUGUUGCAAAGCCAACUUUUUUGAAAUGCCACUAAUUGUAACUGAACCAUACUUCAAUUUUAGUUCUAUUCAAGAAGGAAUGUCAGAAAUAUUUUUUGAAGAAUAUGAGUUUCAAGCUUUACUUCGAACUAAUGCUGGAAAUCUAUCUUGUUACCAUUAUCACCACGAUAAACCAUCCGCAAAAUGCUGCUUGGUUGUUGAAUCCGGCUAUAGUUUUACACAUAUUGUUCCUUACAUUUUACAAAAGAAAUUCAAGCCUGGAAUAUUACGUGUCAAUGUUGGUGGCAAAAUUCUUACUAAUCAUUUAAAAGAAGUGAUAUCAUACCGACAGUUACAUGUCAUGGAAGAAACAUAUGUGAUGAAUCAGUGCAAAGAAGAUUUGUGUUUCAUGUCUACUGAUUUUGAUCGAGAUCUUAAAAUUGCGAAAACGAAAUGGCCUAAAAAUACUAUUGUCAGAGACUAUAUUUUACCAGAUUAUACAACUGUAAAUAGAGGACUUAUAAGAACAUUAGACGAGACUUCUGUGAGCAGAACUAUAGAUAAAGAUCAGCAAGUUUUACGAAUGAACAAUGAACGUUUUACAAUACCAGAAAUAUUAUUCCAUCCAAAUGAUAUUGGGAUACCACAAAUGGGCAUAUCAGAAGCAAUUGUUCACAGUAUUAACUUGUGUCCAGAAGAGACUAGACCUCAUCUAUACAACAACAUCAUUGUUACUGGUGGUAAUGGUUGUUUUCCUGGUUUUGAAGAACGUCUUACUAAAGAAGUGCGGGCUCUUGCUCCUGAUGAAUUUGAUGUUUCAGUGACUGUUCCUGAAAAUCCAAUUACAUAUGCUUGGCAUGGAGGAAAUUUACUGAGUAAAGAUCCUGAUUUUUUUUCGCUUGUGGUGACUAAAGAAGAAUAUGAUGAAGAAGGAUUUUCUGCAUGUCAUCGAUUUGACGUUUAAUAACAAAAGACUGAAAAUAGAAAACAUUAGUGAUUAUUUAUUAAUUAUAAAUAUUACGAAUUUAGUUUAAUUUUGUAUGAAACAAAAUGUAUGUAAAUACUAAAUACUAAUAAAAUUAUAUUUUAUGUACGUAUUUUAAAGUAAAACUUCUUGAACAGUGAAUCACUUUAUGACUAUGUUAAAUACUAUUUUCAUAGUUAGAACUUUUAAAAUCUGUUGUUUAUUUCUCAAGUAUUUUUUUUUUAUAAUUUUUUAUAUUGAUUUAAUAUUUCUUCUAAUUGUAUUUAUAAAAAGAAUGUAUGAAAAAUAACUAAUUAUUAUAAUAUUAUCGCUAUCUUAUACUUUGAAUAUUGAUUAAA